AUGACGGUAGCGCACUGGGCGUCCAAGACGGCGCCAGAGCUAAGUGCGGCCGAGGCCAUCCGCGUCGCAACCGAGCUCCUCUCGCUUGCCACCGAGGCAGUAGUAGCCUCGGGGCCGUCGACCGUCCGCCCAUCGUCGGCCGUGAAGAAGCGCCUGCCGGCAACGACGACGGCGACACCUGCACCGUCGAUCGAGCUAUGGCUUCGCGCCGAGACGACCGCCGCAAAUAUGGUUAGUGUCGGCGCCGCGCUCACCCUCGAGAUGGCCGAGCUUGAUCGCACCCUCAACAAACGCCUGGCGCUGCCGUACUAUGACGCCCACUUCAUGGACGCCGACCUCCAGGCGCUGCAUGCGGCGCUCGGCGCGCAGACUGACGCGUACUUGAGCGACUUGCACGACGGGUUCCGACGCCUCCGUCGCCUUGUCCACGCAAGAGACAACUCGCUGCAGUCGCUCGCGUUUACCUCGGAGCGGUAUAUGGCCCGGCACGAGGUAGAAGUGGCGAUCGCUCCGUGCCUCGUGUCCGACCACGUGCUCUCGCCAGACCGCAUUGCGCUCAUGCUCGUGCACUGCGACGUCCGUGGCGAUGGCAGCGUCGACAUGCAGCGCUUCCUGACGCUACUGGAGACGUCGCCGCCGCCCCGCGAACGCUGCAUGCAGUUUGCGUUCUACAUGCUCUGGCCGCGCGCGCCGGUGUCCAACAGCCACGACGAGCGACUGCGGAUUUACAAGCUCGUCGCGCUGCUCAAGGAGAACCACGCACGCGACGUCAUGCCUGCGUUUGCUGCGACGUUGCAGUGGUUGCAGUCGUUCGACGAGCCAGCGCUGACGCUGACCGAGUGGAUGCGCUUCCAUCGCCUUCAGAGCGACGGCAUGGACAAUGACGCAGACUUUGUUCGCUUCCUCCACACUACUUGGCAUGUUCUCGCGAUGGAGCCCGUGCCAAUGACGUGGCAGCGUGAGAGAGCCAUGUGCGAUACACUCUUGCAGCAGGCUGCUGACGCGCGCUUGGCGCAAAAGGCCCAGCAGCGGCGAAGUGGCAUCGCCCACGAGCUGCGCGACCUCGAGACGCGGGUGCGCGGGCUCUGUGGCCGUCUGCGCGAGGCGUGCCUGUCGCUAACACGAGCAAGUGUCUCGGGCGCCGUCUUGGCCGCCGAUGUGAGCGCUGCCAAGACUGUGUUUGACCAGCUGCAUCGCCUCGAGGCGCUGCACAUCACGCCCGUGCUGACGACGCUUCCGGACGCUGCGGCGCUCUCGGGUCUCAUCGAAUUGGACAUUGCGCACUUGGGGCUCUGGCACUUGCCCGCCACGAGUGUGGAGCUCGUGCACUUGCGCAUCUUGCGGGCGUCCCACAACCAGCUCCGCAAGGAGAGCCUCCCCAACGUGCGCGUGCUCUGGCCGCAGCUGCGCGAGCUGGACCUCUCCAACAAUACGCUUACAACCCUUCCCGAGAUGUGCCGGUCUUGGACUCUGCUCGAGACAUGCAACCUAUCGAGCAACCAGCUCGUGGCGCUCUCCGAGACCGUCGUCGAGUCGUGGCGUCAGCUCCGCAGCCUGCAGCUCCACGACAACCGACUAUCAUCGCUUCCCAGUACACUUGGGUGCUGCGAUGCCCUCACAACCCUCUCUUGUCACCGCAAUGCGCUCAAGGCGCUACCUGCGUGGUUGGCACACCUGGACGCGCUUGUCGACGCCUCCUUUCACCACAACCAGAUCGCACACCACAGCGAAGGACCGGGCGUGCCAGAGCGACGUCAUCUGCGGCAGCUGGCGCGGUGUACCUUGUCGUACAACAGCCUCGAGGGCAUGCCAUUUGAGCUCCGUGAUCUCACCAAGCUGCAGUCGCUCAGUCUUGGGCACAACCAGCUACGCGACCUCGGGCCCAUCGACUUUUCCUGCCUUGUUGUGUGCACCGAGGUGGACUUGCGGCACAACUGUCUCCGGGAGCUACCGUCGUCUCUGUUUGCCAUGCCGAUGCUGCAGCACCUUUUCGUGCACGCCAAUGUCCUCAACGAUCUCCCUUCCAGUAUCGGAAGCGCACCGGCCCUGGCUUCGCUCCACGCACACACCAACCAUUUAUCCAGUGUGCCGCCGGAAUUGAGCAAUGUGGCAACACUGACGCACUUGGAUCUGUCGCGGAAUCGACUGAGCACACUACCAUUGGCAUGGACCGCGUUCCUGGCGCACCGUCACCCUAACACAACGUCGCAGCUCGUGCUCGAGACACUCAAACUGGACGACAAUCCGUGGGAGAAUGCGCUCAAGGACAUUGUCGUCCGGAGGAGCUAUGCGUCGCCCAGCGUCCAGCAAAUGACGCUGACGCUCCUCAAGCUCGUCGACUACCUCCAACGCACGACCACAAAGCGCUCCAAAGUCGACUUCAGCGUGUUUCAAAAGCAGCACAAGAACGACACGAAGGUCUAUCGCCUCCGCGUUCGGAAAGGCCAGGCCAAAGUGGCCACCGAAUACCUCGAGUGGGCCUUCCGCGAUCACCACCAAGAUAGUGGUGUCUCGGAAGCCACUUUUCGCAGUCGUUUGCUGGACCUCGGGUGUCCGUGGACGGCCGUCGAGUGGUCGCGGGUCCUGCAUCGAUUCCCACUGCAGCCCGGAGGCGUGGAUCUGGACCGGUUCUUGGAGGCGGUCGAGAGAGUCCACGACGCGCCCGUCGAAGCCCAUAGCUUUCCGGAACAAGUGCUCUUGUACCUCCACGACGUGGCGGCGGCGUCCGAAAAGUCUGCAGCGCCCAUCUCCAAACAGGCGAUGUCUCGUGCUACGCCGAGUCCAGCGCAAGUGCGUCCUGCGGCCAAGUCAGCGACGUCUGUCACAGUAAACCCCACGCCACCCGUCGAGACAAAGCCCCAAACCAAGAAACCAUCGACUGCCGAAGCUCGAUUACGCCAUCAAGUGCUUCGACAGCGCGAGCGUAUGGUGAUCCUCCAGCAACAAAUGCUCGACCAGAGACAGCGACCGGUCGUGGAUAUGGCACGGGAAAAGCCCAACACGGAUGGUGACACCGCCCCAUCUCAAGGACUCGUGCUCACGUGCAUGGGCGAGACGACGCACACGAGCCUCGUCGUGACGUCCUUCGAGAUGCAGUGGACCAUACGCGAGCUUAAGGAGCACAUUGAGGCCGAGCAUGGCAUACCGACGUCGUCGCAGGUGCUGCUGGCCGUCUACCUCGAUCGCCGUUUGCGACUCGCCGACGCGGUCGUCCUUGCAAGCGUGCUCCACGACACACCAACGCCAUCGCUGCAACUCCUCGUCGGGCCUCCCGUCCGCGCGAUUUUCGCACCCCGCGCCGUCACCUAACCUCGCUACGAUUUGCUAUGGAGAAGAGUUGUUGUUACUAUAUCGU